ACUUUCCCCUCGGGUUAGGGUUUGGGAAUCCCUCUUUCCGCCGCCACGAGACGAGACCCACACAAUUUCCUCCUAUCCGAUCCUUUGAUACCCAAAUCAGCCAACCUUAGAUCGCCGCCGCCGCCACCGCCACCGCCACGACCUUGAUUCGCACUCUUCGAUUCCGAGGCCAAUCGCUAUGGAGCAUCAACCAAGCGUUGAUCGCCGCAGCCACUCUCAAGUUCCGAGCCCGAUCGCUAUGGGAAAGAAGGGAAUCGACUUCUCAUCUCUCAGAAUCGACGACGAUGAGGACGAGUACUCCUCCUCCUCCUCCGAGGAGUACACGGAUGACGACGAAGACGAGGAGGACGAGGAGUACGAAGUGGAGAACGUCUGGUCGCCUACCCACCCCCACGAUCUGGACUCUUUCCCCCAUUCGAUCCUUCUCGACGUACAGGCCUACUUCGACGACCGCAUCAACGCCACCACCGCUGAUGCGCCCUUGAUUAAGGAUCACCGCAUCCGGGUUACCUUCUGGAUCGCCCACCCGCCGGGCGUCUCCUGCCUGACGGUCCACUCCAACGGCGUGGAACCCAGCGAGUUCACCAAUAUGCCCAUGGUCGUCGCCGCUCAGGACGACCUGGUGCUCCUCCGGGUCGCCAUUGGCCCUCAUACACACCACUGUCCCAACAAUUACAUCAAUAAUUACUAUGUGUACCAGGCCGGCACCAACCCAACUCUUCGCCGCCUCGCCGACGCCAGCUCCUUUGUCUUUGCCGACUGCUCAGCGGGCAUUGUUCGCCGUGGUGACGGCAGUUAUAUCAUCGCUGCUAUCCACUGGGCAGGGGUCCACGGACAAUAUGACCUCCACCAAUUUGACUCCAAGACCUGGACAUGGAGCACCAGGCUGAUGCAUGUUGAUAAACCACAGAGAUUCUCGCGCAUUCUUACAAACAAGGUGCUGGUUAUCGGAGGCAAAGAUGGUCUGGUGGCCUGGAUCGACCUAUGCAACGGCAUUCUGUUCUGUGAGGUGCUCACCAGCCGCACUGUUCUUCGGUACUGUGCAUUGCCGCUACCAUUUAGCAAGAAGCUCGUAGGCCCUCCAGAGCAAUUUCGAGACAUUGCCAUCGUCGGAGGUCAUAUCAGGUUCUUUGAGAUGCGAUUGAAGGUCAAACACCACCCAGUAUCCUUCAACACCACUUUAAUUUCCAAAGUUUUGGAAGCGACCACAUGGAAAAUGAUAGAGCCUUGGCAGAACUGGCAGAAGGAUCGCAGACUCGAUAUGUUCAAGAUACCAGUUGACAAGAGUGAUUGUGUAUUGCUUCAUGAUGUUCUGAAUGGUCAGGACACUCUGAUUGCCUUUGAGAGACUCCAGGGAGGUCACCCUGCUCUGAGCCUGCAUGAUGAUGAUGUUGUUUAUGUCAUGGCCAAGGCUAAAGAGAUGAGCCGCAGGGCAGUUGUGUUCGCUGUGAACAUGAGGAAAAAGGUAUUACAAGGAGUGUCCAAGUUUGAUGCAAAAAGGGCAUAUGGCUUCAGUUACACCUACCUUCAAAGUGGGAUCUCCAACUAUCUGACCGCUGAGUCGUCUGCCAGUUACAGAGGAAAAGCCAGAGAUGGAAUUCCACAAGGAGGCAGUCGCAUAGCUUUGAAACCUAUUGACAACAUGUACAAAGGGAAGGCUGCUGAAUCAAGCACGGACCGUAUCACCAAAGCAGGUGGCAUAUACAAAAGUAAUGCCGACACCCAAGCAGGUGCCAUAUACAAAAGUAAUGCUGCUGACUCAAGCUGGGUCCAGGUUUCAAGACGAGGCAAGCAGAAAGCUUGACAAACAAGUCAAAGCAAGCAGCCUAAGAAGUUUGUGAACAUGAGAUUGGUGGUGCUCAUCAACAAGAUCACCCUCUCCUCCCUGUCUUGCUGAUUCUACUCCUGUUUCAGGAUUAUGUUUGAUGGCUUACUUAUGUUAUGCUCCUUUUUUAGUUUUACUGAAACAGUCUUCUUGACUGUCAUGUUAUGUCUGUCAGUGUUGCUGCUUUACUUAUGUCAUAUUGUCAAAGUGUUGUUGUGCUAUACUGUAAUGUCAAGGUCGUGAAGUACUAGUGUGGAUUGGUACUGCUGCACACUUUUAGUCUCAAUGCUGUGGCUAAGCCAUUUAUGAA